AUGCUCGCAAGGUCGUAUGUAUGGUGGCCUAAUAUCGAUAUUGAUAUAGAUAAGUUUAUUAAGACGUGUACGGAAUGCCAAUGUAAUCAAAACGAUAAGAAUGUUAGUGAGAAAGUGUAUAUUCCGUGGGAAAAUCCAUCAGAUUCUUGGAAAAGAAGACACAUCGAUUUUCUAGAAAUAAAUCAAGUUAAAUUAUUAAUCAUUGUUGACAGUUUUAGCAAAUGGAUUGAGUGUUUUGCAAUGGGAAGUACAACGGCUUCAAAAGUAAUCGAAGUUUUAGAAAAUUGUUUUUGUCGUUUUGGUUCCCCAGAGAUAAUGGUAACCGAUAAUGGUCCACCUUUUGGCGCAAAUGAAUUUAAAGCAUAUUGUGAGAAAAAUUGUAUAAAACUAGUACAUUCGCCGCCAUACAAUCCAGAGUCUAAUGGGUUGGCAGAGCGAGGAGUGCAAACGAUAAAAAAAUUAUUAAUAAAGAGUUUGUGUGUAGAGAGAGAUGUAAAAAGAAUACAAUCAAAAAUUAAUAAUAUUUUAGUAUCAUAUCGUAACACACCAACAACAAGCACAGGUUGUAGUCCGUCAGAUUUAAUAUAUAAUUUUAAACCAAAAAAUCAUUUGUCCAUAUUAAAACCACCAAAUAUUGUAGAAAAGAAUAAAAAUAUUAAUGUUACUAAGUACGAAAUAAAUGAUAAAGUUCUUGUUCGAAAUAAUUCAAAAGGGCAGAAAUGGUUAACUGGACGUAUAAUGAAAAUGUUGGGAACGUGCAGUUAUUUAGUCCGGGUUGGUGAUAAAAUCAGAUUAAUGCAUGUAAACAAAUUGAAAAAGAGUUAUUUAAAUGAUGAGGUACAUCCAAGGGAACUUGAAUAA